UGGGUCCUUCUUUCCUUGACUUCACAUCCACUAGGCUCGUGACAGCCUUAUCUUCCCGUGGGAGACGACAAAUGCACCAAAUAUCGGAGAACUUUCAACAAUUGAGCAAUAGAACCCACACAACUACAAGCAAUAUGAAUCAGUAGGUCCUUUCCUUGACUUCACAUCCCCUAGGCUCGUGCCAGUUUUAUCUUCCCGUGGGAGACAGCAAAUGCACCAAAUAUCGGAAAACUUUGAACGAUUUGAGCAAUUGGCCAUCGCCAACCACCUCUUUUAAGUAACGACUUCUUCUACCCUUCAAAUCUCUUCAAUCGAUUCAGUUUUAGACAGAUAUCAUUGUCACUUCUGAUUCUUUGAACCUUACUUAUUAUCAUUAAGCUCCGUCACGUAGUCGCCACGCGCUAGUACUUCAAUCCACCUGCAACUCGUUCCUUCACGGUAUGCCUCGUUAGUUUUUGUUGUAGAAUUGUUGUCUCUUCCACCAGCGCUCAGCAUCGGUAACACGGAAGUCAUCACUUUAUCAUGAAGUCACAUAUGGAUCCUGUAAAGAUGUUUCUUCAGUACUUGCUUCUAUUCCUUAUGCUCCCACUUUGCAGCUCCACUAACACCAUAACUCCCAACCAGCCCUUCAGAGAUGGUGACCUUCUAGUCUCUAAACAGUCCAGGUUCGCUCUUGGCUUCUUCAGUCCACGGAAUUCUACACUCCGAUACAUUGGAGUUUGGUACAACACAAUUCUUGAACAAACCGUUGUAUGGGUUCUUAACAGAGACCAUCCUAUCAAUGAUACCUCCGGAGUCCUCUCCGUCAACACUUCUGGAAACCUCCUUCUGCACCGCGGAAACACUCAUGUAUGGUCCACAAACGUUUCCAUCUCAUCAGUCAACGCUACUGUGGCUCAGCUGUUAGAUACCGGAAACCUAGUCUUGAUCCAAAACGAUGACAAGAGGGUUGUUUGGCAAAGCUUCGAUCACCCGACAGACACCAUGCUUCCCCACAUGAAGGUAGGACUUGACCGGAGAACUGGGUUGAAUCGGUUCUUAACAUCUUGGAAGUCACCGGAAGACCCGGGAACAGGUGAAUACUCGUUUAAGUUGGAUGUGAAUGGAUCUCCUCAACUGUUCUUGUCUAUGGGUUCCAAGUGGAUUUGGCGAACGGGCCCCUGGAACGGUCUUGGAUUCGUGGGUGUGCCGGAGAUGUUAACUACCUUCAUAUUCGACAUCCGGUUUUGGAACACUGUGGAUGAGGUCUCGAUGGAAUUCACCCUCGUGAAUUCUUCCACUUUCUCAAGCAUUAAGUUGGGCAGUGAUGGACUCUACCAGCGCUACACGUUGGACGAACGAAACCACCAAUUGGUAGCGAUCUGGUCGGCGGCGAGGGACCCCUGCGACAACUACGGUCGGUGUGGGCUCAACAGCAACUGCGACGUCUACACAGGAGCUGGCUUUGAGUGCACAUGCCUUGCGGGAUUCGAGCCCAAGUCGCAACGUGACUGGUCCUUGAGAGACGGGUCGGGUGGGUGUGUGAGGAUCCAAGGCACGAAUACCUGUAGGAGUGGGGAAGGGUUCAUAAAAAUAGCAGGUGUGAAGCCACCAGAUGCAUCGACGGCACGUGUUAACGAGAGUUUGAACUUGGAAGGCUGUAAAAAGGAGUGCUUGAAUGACUGUAACUGCCGUGCAUACACUAGCGCUGAUGUGAGCACAGGAGGAAGUGGGUGCUUGUCUUGGUACGGGGAUUUAAUGGACAUAAGAACCUUAGCCCAAGGGGGCCAAGAUUUAUUUGUUCGCGUGGAUGCUAUUAUUUUAGCAGAAAAUGAAAGAAAAAAAACUUUCUUUCACAAGAAGAUGAUGAUAGUGAUUCUCGCCGUUGGGGUUGUUUUCUUCAUGAUUCCCACGAUUUGUUCAUCUUGGUUGAUAAUGAAGAAAAGAAAAGGUAAAGGAAGACAAUGUAAAACAUUGUUUAAUAUGAGCUCAAAAGCUACAAGGCUCAAACACUAUUCAAAAGCAAAGGAGAUAGAUGAAAAUGGAGAAAAUUCUGAAUUACAAUUCUUUGAUCUAAGCAUUGUAAUUACAGCAACAAAUAAUUUCUCUAUUACUAACAAACUUGGACGAGGUGGUUUUGGCACAGUCUAUAAGGGUCUACUAUCCAAUGGACAAGAAAUAGCUGUGAAAAGAUUAUCAAGGAAUUCAGGACAAGGAGUAGAAGAAUUUAAGAAUGAAGUCACUCUAAUUGCAAAACUCCAACACAAGAAUCUUGUGAAGCUUCUAGGUUGUUGUAUUGAAGAAGAAGAGAAAAUGCUAAUCUAUGAGUACUUGCCAAACAAAAGCUUGGACUAUUUCAUUUUUGAUGAAACAAAAAGAUCAAUGUUGACUUGGAGGAAGCGCUUUGAAAUCAUUAUUGGAAUUGCUCGAGGGAUAUUAUAUCUUCAUCAAGACUCAAGAUUAAGAAUCAUACAUAGAGAUCUAAAAGCAAGCAAUAUUCUAUUAGAUAUUGAUAUGAUCCCAAAAAUUUCAGAUUUUGGCAUGGCUAGAUUAUUUGGCAAGAAUCAAGUUGAAGGAAGCACAAAUCGGGUAGUUGGAACAUAUGGUUAUAUGUCACCUGAGUAUGCAAUGGAAGGACUAUUUUCAAUCAAGUCUGAUGUAUAUAGCUUUGGGGUUUUGCUACUAGAGAUUAUUACUGGGAGAAAAAACACAGCUUAUUAUUAUGAUAGUCCUUCUUUCAACUUAGUUGGAUAUGUUUGGAGCCUAUGGAGAGAAGACAAAGCCUUGGAUAUAGUAGAUCCAUCACUAGAAAAGUCAAAUCAUGCAAAUGAAGUAUUGAGAUGCAUCCAAAUUGGACUCUUAUGUGUCCAAGAAUCUGCAAUAGAUCGACCUACCAUGUUGACAGUUAUUUUCAUGUUGGGUAACAACUCUACUCUUCCUACUCCUAAUCAACCUGCAUUUGUUAUGAAAACAUGUCAUAAUGGUGCAAACUCAUUUAGUGUCGUAGUCAAUUCUAUAAAUGAGGUAACAAUAACUAUGGAUGCACGCUAAAUGCUCAAACUCUCAUAUGUAAAUUUAUUUACCAUGACAAGAAAUUGUGCACACAAUAUCAUUAAAUUUAUUUAUUUAUUUUUAUAAAUCACUUUUUAUAUAUGCUUA